AUGCCGCUGAAGCCGCAGCGUCCGCCGUGUUUUGACCCGAGUCAACGGGGUGGUCCUACCGUUCAAGCGUGGUUGUUCACGAUGAACGUGUUUUUCGACGCCAACUACGUCUCGGAGGAUACGGCGAAGAUUCGCUACGCCGUGUCGCUGCUGCGAGGACCCGCCAUGGAUUGGUGGCGCGUCAUCGUCACGAAGCCGAACGACUACGCGACUCUACCGACACGGGAAGGACAAACCGGACCCUGGGCGCCGUCGUAUUUCGUGGAGGUGCCCCAAUAUCGCACGUGGGACGCGUGGUGCGCAGGUCUGCGCGCUCGAUUUGAGCCAAUUGCGGCUUCGAUCGCGGCGCGACAGAAGCUCCGCACUUGGCGCCAACUCGGUUCCGUCCAGGACUACACCAGCGGGUUUCUGGCGCUAUGCGAGCAGGUGGGCUACAUGCACGAGAGCGAGCGCGUCGACCGCUACAUCGGCGGCCUGAAGCACGACAUCGCUCAGGAAAUCCAGCUUCGCGGCGUCACCGACUUUCAGGAGAUUCUCGCUAUGGCGGAGAAGCUCGACUUCUUCAGCCGACCGAGACCGGGGUCCUACAGCAGUAGCAGCAACUGGGGACAUCGGUCUCGUGGGACGAACGAGGGCGCUACGAUACGUGCCGUCGCCGCGAAUGCCGCUGCCGCACCGUUCAAAGGGCGCUGCUUCGCGUGCAAUCGGCCGGGACACCGCAAAAGCGAAUGCCCGGAAAACGCUAAGGGAAAGGGGGAAGCUGAGCAGCAGAAACAGACCAAGCAGCAGGGAAACGCUGGGAUCGACCACACUCGGCCGAAUAAGGAGGGUACCACGGUAGACAGCCCCAUACUGCUUAGUGGGAAAAUAGGCACGGACUUAGUUAAAAUCUUCGUAGACGGGGGAGCCAGCCACAGCCUCAUCAACACUGCCACGGCACGGAAGCUGAAACUGCCACUGGACAAAUGCUUACCUGAGACCGAUGCAAGACUGAUCGACGGCACGCCGCUGGCGAUACGGGAACGCGUAGACCGAGUUCGGAUUCGAUGCGGGGGUAACUUCACGUUUAGCCAGGAAAUGCUCGCGACGACCCUCGACGGAACCGACAUUUUACUCGGUCGGGAUUGGUUGCGACGGCACAAUCCGCGAAUCGACUGGACGACGGGUGACUGCACCGUGCGAGUGAACGGUAACAACAUCGCCUUACCUCGCUGGAGCUCGCCUGAGUCUUCGUCGGUGCGUGUCAACGCGAUCACAAUGAAGCGCGCCGUAGCGGCAGGAGCUGACGUGUAUGCGGUUGACAUUCGGGAAGCCGAAGCAGCAGACCAGGGAGGGGAUUUACAGAAACUACUUGCCGACGUACCGGAUGACCUGGCAGCACUCCUGAAGCAGUACAGCGAGAUUUUCCCAGACGAUCUGCCGACGGGACUGCCACCUCAGCGACCGCACGACCACAGGAUAGAAUUAGAACCGGGGGCACAGCCGACAGUACAGCGACAGUUCCGACUGACCCAACCCGAACUGGACGAACUGAGGAAGCAGCUCGAUUACCUGCUCGAGAAGGAGUUCAUUCGCCCUAGUUCGUCACCCUUCGCCGCGCCAAUACUCUUCACGCCGAAGAAAGACGGGGGUUUUUGCAUGUACAUCGACUACAGAGCACUGAACAUGGUUACCAUUAAGUCACAUUACCCCAUCCCGCGAGCCGACGAACUGAUCGACCAACUGCGCACAGCCCGGGUUUUCUCCAAAAUUGACCUUAGAGGGGGUUACCACCAGAUUCGCGUCAAUCCGCCCGACUGCCCUAAGACCGCAUUUCGCACCCGCUACGGAUCCUUCGAAUACACCGUCAUGCCCUUCGGACUGACCAACGCCCCCGCCACUUUCCAAAUGACGAUGAACGAGACAUUCCGCCCGCUUUUAGAUAAGUGCGUCAUCGUCUACUUAGAUGACAUACUGAUUUACAGCCCCGACAGAGCACAGCACCUACAGGACAUUGAAGCAGUUUUUAAAAUACUGAGUGAGAACCGCCUACUGACGAAAGCGUCUAAGUGUGAGUUUCUACAGGACAGACUGGAGUUUCAGCCGACGGAGUGGAAAUAG